GGUGAGGGAAGACAGGAAAUCUGAAAGUAAACAGGGAAAAUGGACCAAAGCUGACAGAGAGCAAUGACUGAGAUUUAUUUCAAAUUCCGUGGAAACCUGACUGGCCGCGUCCACUUUCCAACUCUGGCUACAGAAGUAGACACAACAGCAGAUAAAUAUUCCAGCCUCUAUGUGUACGUGGGAUUGUUCCUAACACUUCUGGCUAUCCUUCUCAUAUUGCUUUUCUCCAUGCUCUUGCGCCUGAAGCAUGUUAUUUCCCCAAUCACCACAUCUCCAGAGAGCACUGAGAACGUCCAGCAGUUCACAGAUGUGGAAAUGCACAGCAGGAUUCCUACCACUUAG